GCAGGGCGCAGCUCCGUCACUGCAGACUGACACAAACCGAGAGUGGAGACGCGCAGACCGUCUCCAUCCUCCGCAGUCUCCUUCUCAUCCUGCCCGUCUGACUGAGCGGCAGAUCACCGCACCGACCAAAACUAACUCACCAAACCUGCAACUAAACCAGCUGACACCGCCGGCUGCUUCUUCAUCAACACGGGAGCAACAACAGCAUGUGAAUGGCGGCAGAAAACGGCAGAGUCGUCACAGAGGAGCAGGACGAGCUCCCAGCCUCUGGAGCCGCCGCUCACGUGCAGCAGAACCAUGCACACACUCGGAGUCAGAGCCACAUCCAGUUUCACCCUCUGACACACACCACCACCUCCUCCACCACCACCCAGUGGCAGCCUCCCCGCGCUCUCGCUCACACGAGGAGUCACAGUCACACUCACUUCAACACUCCCUCACACACACAGACGCAGAAGUACGGCUGCCGCCUCACACACAGUCUCUCAGCCAUGGCCAAGGGAGAGAAGGGAGCACAGGGACCUGCAGGGAAGCUCAACAAACCAACCGAACCGCUGUUUCCCAAAACACCUCAGCAGACUGAGCUAGGUCAGAAGCUGACAUUAUGCAGUAAGCUGUGUUUCGCCAUCGGUGGCGCACCCAAAGAAGUCGCUGCCAGCGCCACCGCCUUUUUCCUGCAAAUCUACCUGCUUGAUGUCGCUCAGAUCAAUGCCUUUCAGGCCUCCAUGGUGCUGUUCAUCGGUAAAGCCUGGGGUGCGGUGACUGACCCCAUUGUCGGCUUCUUCAUUACAAAGAGCAGAUGGACCAAGAUCGGCAGACUCAUGCCCUGGAUGGUUGGUUGCACUCCGUUUCUAGUGGUCUCCUACUUCUACCUCUGGUUCGUUCCUCCUUUCAUCAGCGGCAGGUUCAUCUGGUACCUCGGCUUCUACUGCCUCUACCAAACCCUCAUCACCUGCUUCCACGUGCCUUACUCUGCUCUCACCAUGUUUCUGAGCACAGACCAGAAGGAGAGAGACUCGGCCACAGCGUACCGAAUGACGAUGGAGGUGCUGGGGACUUUGGUGGGCGCUGCCAUCCAGGGCCAGAUCGUGGCCAGCGCUCACACUCUGAAGCACUGCCCGCCUCACAACAUGUCCGCCGGUUACCUUGGCAACAGCAGCGGGGCAGAGAUCGUCAAGAGCCUGGUGCGCUCCCAGGACUACCUGUCACACUCUAAGGAGGUGUACAUGAUCGCUGCUGGUGUUAUAGGAGGAGUGUUUCUCAUCUGCACCGUGGUGAUGUUCCUGGGAGUCAAAGAGAGAGACGAUCCGUACGCCCCAAAGACGGAGAAGCAGAUCCCGUUCCAUCAGGGCUUCAUCCUGGUGAUGAGACACGGGCCGUACCUCACUCUCACCGCUGCGUUCCUCUUCAUCACCGUCGCCAUCCAGCUGGUACAGAGCAACUUCGUCCUCUUCUGCACUUACGCCGCCGACCUGAGGGAUCACUUCCAGAAUAUAGUGCUGACCAUCCUGGUUUCCGCGGUGAUAAGCAUCCCGCUGUGGCAAUGGUUUCUGCAGAGGUUUGGGAAAAAGACGGCAGCUUUCUGCGGCAUCACUUGGAUCAUGCCGUUCACGCUGAUGCUGGUCUUCAUCCCUAAUGUUGUGGUGGCGUACGUUGUGGCCGUCUCCUCCGGACUCAGUGUGGCUGCUUCGCUCCUGCUGCCGUGGUCUAUGCUGCCAGAUGUGGUAGAUGACUUCAGACUGGCCAACCCGUACUCUAAAGGCCAUGAAGCCAUCUUCUACUCCUUCUACGUGUUUUUCACCAAGUUUGCAGCCGGCAUCUCCCUGGGAGUCUCCACGCUCUGCCUGGAAUUUGCAGGUUAUGACACCGGCGCCUGCAAGCAGCCGGCUCCGGUGGUGUACACCCUGAAGCUGCUGAUCGGUGCUGCCCCGGUGGCCUUCAUCGUUACAGGGUUAAUGAUCCUGCUGCUCUAUCCUAUCAGCGAAAACGUGCGGCUCAGGAACAGACUGUGCCUGGAUGAGCUACGGAAACAAAGCAUCGGCUCCAGAUCAGUGGACGAUUUGGGUAACGUGUGAGCUGCGUCCUGAAUGAAGUGAAUCCACAAAGCCACGUAUUCCAGCGCCGAUCGCUGGAAGGUUGUUCAUUAGUGUAUAUUACACUGAGAAAUAGUUCAAUUGUUUUAAUGUAAACAUUAUCGUUUCAUUCUCACAUGUACUGUACAGUUACCUUGAAUAUAUAUAUAUGAAAAUAUAAUAAGAUUACCUAAUUUAUAUAAAUGAAUGUAUCAUUAUUUGCUGUGUUUAGCUCUACAACACUGUUAUUUAUUUAUGAUAUAUGAUUACUGAGGGCUGAUGAUAUGAAAUGAAUAAAUGUUGUAGAGGUUG